AUGGCGGUAGAAGUGCAGUCCACUUGGGAAGAUGCUUCCUAUGAAAUAGGGUGGUGGCCCGAAGAUGGUGGCAAGCUUGCUUCCUCCAGUAUCCAUUCGCUGUCUAUGCAGUUGCGCCACUAUCUGGCAAAUGGGUACGGAUACCCAAACAACACAGUGCUGCUGUUUGGCUACUCGAACCAAGCCGCCGUUGGCCUCUAUAUUGGCAAAGGGUUGCAAAAUGAAGGAGUGGGCUCAUUUGCUCUUAAGGCGCUGGGAGACAGUGUAUUAGAGCCAGAGGUCAAGACGUCAAGUGUAGCCAUGCAACUAUGCCACGCAGGAUAUGACGCUGAUCAUAUCUUUGGCUUCAUAGCCACCAGCAAUGGCUCCUUCACCCCUAUACAAAGAGCACUCAGGACUUGGGCCAGGGCAGAGUGCCUCUCCAUCACCAAGUCCAAGAAUAUCACUGGCCCGGCCUACUUCACCACCCCUCCGUUAGGCCUUGCAAUAGACUCAGCUCUGCGUGGUAGUAACGCCACAACAACCACUUCCGCCAGAAACGACCUGGAGCGUCUAUCGGCCCGAGCCGAUGGCCGGACGAACCGAGUCCAAACGGGCGAAAGUUGCGGCUCUUUAGCAAAGAAAUGUGGCAUUGCCGAUGCUGACAUAAUCAAACACAAUUCCGCUUCCAACUUCAAUUCAGUCACACCGGGAACACUUCCGCACUUUAAACCCGAGCCUAACCCAGACGGAUCGUGCUACACGCACACAUUUCAGGCUGGUGAUAGCUGCUCAAGCGUUGCAGCUGCGAACGGCCUUACAAAUGAUGACCUAGAAGACUUUAACAAGAAAACUUGGGCCUGGAAUGGAUGCUCCAAUGUUUGGGUUGGCACUAUUGCUUGCCUAAGUAGAGGGAGACCACCAUUUCCAGCUCCUAUAGCCAAUGCUGUAUGCGGCCCGCAGGUACCUGGAACUAAGGUACCAACUGGAGAUAGCGAUAUCGCCAGUCUCAACCCCUGCCCGCUAAAUGCAUGCUGUAAUUUCUGGGGACAGUGCGGUACUACCGAAGAGUUUUGCAUCAAUACUGGUACUGGUGUUGCGGGAACUACUGGGCCUGGCACCAAUGGAUGUAUUUCAAACUGUGGUGCCUCAAUCAUUAACGGUAAACCGCAUGAGUCCUUUAAAAAACUCGGCUAUUUCAAGGGCUAUAACUUUUCUAGCCAUAGCUCUGUUUAUCAGAAUACCCUCCAGGAUGAAGCCUCACAAUAUACGCACUUGCACUUUGCUUUUGGCUCAAUUACACCCGACUACGAGAUCAACACUGGAGAUACUGUGACUACCGAUGAAUUUAAUAGCUUUAAACUUAUCAAAGGCCCCAAAAGAAUCUUAUCAUUUGGCAGUCGGACAAUUUCCAAUGAUCCAGGGCCUUAUACUAUCAUCUGUGAAGGUGUUACGGAUGCUAAUAGACUUAAAUUGGCUACUAACAUUGCUAACUUUAUAAAGAAGCAUGGCCUUGAUGGAGUCAAUAUUGAUUUGGAGUACCCAUCAGCUCCUAACCUUCCGGCUAUCCAAUCUAGGUCCAAGGAUGAAGGUGAAAAUUAUUUAGCUUUUCUUGUCCUUCUAAAAGAUUUGCUGCGGGAAAGAUCGGUUUCCAUUGCGGCUCCUGCCUCAUACCAGUAUUUAAAGGGCUUCCCAAUGGACCGGAUUGGGGAAAUUGUAGAUUAUAUGGUUUACAUGACCUUUGACCUGCACGGCCAAGUAAGUAUACCGAUCCCAUCGCCUUGGAAACUUAUCACAAAGGCUGGUGUCCCCUCGAAUAAGGUUGUUGUCAGCAUGCCUAGCUACGGGAUAUCCUUUGCAAUGGCUGCAACAGGCUGUCAUACGCCGGAUUGCUUAUGCACUGGAGGGCCCCAAUCCUCCAACGCAGCAAAAGACGUAUGCGCUCAGACUGCCAGAUAUAUUGCUAAUGCAGAGAUUGAAGAGAUACUUAAAGAUCCGGGUCGAAUCAAUCAGCACUACAUUGAUGGAGCAAGUAAUAGCAAUAUUCUUGUAUACGACAAUACCCAAUGGAUUUGCUAUCUGAGUGCUGAAGUCAAAGAAUCACGAACAGCUCUAUUUAAUUCGUUAAAUAUGGGUGGCACCGCUGAUUGGGCCAUUGACUCAGCAUCUUAUCACAACCGCCCUGCCAACGCUGGGGGUUGGAGCAAUUUCCUACAGAAACGCAGGCCAGGAGAGGAUCCUUACGGGGUUGAAAAGCGAACUGGGAACUGGACUGAACUAACUUGCGAAGAUCCGGGAGCUGCAGAUCGCAGUAGCCUGCCUCCCUCUCAGCGGUGGGGAAGCUUGGACUGUAAUCACGCUUGGCAGGACGCGAUCAAUAUAUGGAAGACUGUCGAUAAGCCCCGAUCCAGCGGUGAGAAUAAAGCGUUCCUAGCAUCUAUUUCAAUUACAUUCAGUGGGCCGGAAGGCACAGACUGCGGCAAGUUAUACGACGCGAGCUGUGAAAAUACCCGAACAUGCGACACGUUCCACGGGAAAGACACAGGUCCAGCGGCCUUUCUAAUAUGGAACUCCUUGGUGAUGGUCCACAAUUCAUACAGAAUCCAGCUAACCGACGCAAAACUACCAAUGCAGAUGUACAACGACAUCGAUAAAAAUCUGCAAAGAGCUACUAGCGAUUUAGUCAACUCCGUGUUUGACUUCACAGACAAGUUCUUACCGACACUGCCUGCUGACAAUAAGUGGUUGCUAGCCAUGAUAGAUCAUCUACUCCCUAUCGGGACUGCUGCGAUUGGCGGAUUUGUUUUCCAUUCUUGGAAACCUACUCGAGAUGAUGAACUAAAGACUACCACAUCACUUCUUAUCGGACAAAGUACAACACUCGCUGCAAACUUAUUAGAUACCCGUAAGAUUGACUGGUCCACAGCGACGCAAGAUGAGUUCUCCAACUAUCUUGGUGAAACCAUCUAUGCCUGGGUCAAUAUCACAGCAGUCACUCUCCGUGACCUGUUCAACGGCAGUGAUGCCUCAAUAGCUACUCUUACAGGCAUUAUUUCCGACGGCAAGCUCAUUGAUGGACGAAAAGAUAAUCAAGAUGAUGUUAGUGUCUUGAAUACUAGAGCUGAUGCACCCAUGUAUGAUGCUGGUAUUGCGAGAAUUGUCUUUGGUUUUGCUAUACCUUCCAUCUGGACGGCCGCGGGGACAUUCCCUUUUGUCAUUGACUCCGGCUAUCCAUGCGGUACAAUCGACCCGCUCGACUCUUUCCUCUCUGUGGAAACUAUGCAUGCCACAGCUAGCUGUGUUGAUGACAAACUAUACUAUCUAGCUUCACCAAAAGGCGACGCACGUGAAUAUGUGCCUUAUCCCCGCGGUAGCGGCGGGUAUUACAGAAACAACAAGUUCUCGGCUCCACCUGGGGUCGAGUUUUUGAACCAUGGGAACUCUUUCAAGGGUGUUACUUUGGAUGAUAUAGUCAAGGGAGCUGUCCACACAUAUAAGCAGAAUGGAGGCAGAAACGGUGGCAAAGUAGCUGACCCUGGCGAUGCUGGGACUCGCAAAAGGCUCACGAACGGCGGGUCCCCGCUAGUGUCUGAUUGCAUGACAAUAAUUAAGAACAUUGAAGGAACCGAUGGUCAGUGGACUACUCCAGUUGUCGGCAAGAGUCAGCGCCGGCUCGUUGAUUUUGGAACUUGCAAGUUUGGCGUCGAAGCAACUAAAGUAGACGGAAACAUAGCCUUCUACGUUGGCGCACAGGACAUCGUUGAUAUUAUCACAGACGCGAUUAAGCAGUUUGCCAAAGACGGCAGGGUUGCUGCCAAGGGCGACAUGUCGUGCCGGGGGAACGUCCAUGGCCAGAAUGUCAAAUGGGGGAUCUAUUGA